AUGGUGGCCAACUCCAUGGCGGUGGUCUCCGGAGCCAUGAGCAUCCUGGGUCUCGUCCUUGCUCCAGCAAUGGCAGGAGGAAGUCUGAUGUUCUCCGCUGCUGGUAAAGGUUUGGGGACAGUCGCUGGGGUCACCAGCAUCUUGGCCCACAUUUUGGGACACUUUCAGAAUCAAGAAGCCCGAGCUCAGGCCAGCAGCCUAGUGCCCAGCCAUGGCCACGAGGUCGGAGAGCCUGGGCGACAGAAGGCAUCUUACCUCAUGGCUGUCGGGAAGAUGGCCUAUGAUUGUGGAAGUACCAUUGAGGAGAUUAAGAAGGACAUCCGUGCCUUUCAGAUAGCCAGAGCCCACCCGCGUCUGGCCACCGCUGCCAAGCGUCUCCUGGCCACCGGCCAAGUCUCGGCCCGGAGGAGCAGGCGGGUGCAAAGGGCCUUCAAAGGCACGACGCUGCUAAUGACAGCAAAUGUUCGCUUGCUGGGGAGUGCGAUGGCGGGCUUAUCCCUCAGCCAGGACUUGACCGCCCUCCUGAGGGACUGGAAGCAACUGAAGGAAGGAGCAACGACGAAGUCUGCGGAGGAGCUGAGGGCCCAGACUUGGGAGCUGGAAAGGACGCUGACAGAACUCACCCAGCUCUAUGAGAGCCUGCGGCAGAGGAAACUCUUGCAAGAGGAAUGGCCCAGGAGCUCAUCUUCGGGUGGAGACACGGGGUCUCUGCCCCAGCCCCCAGCCAGCUGCUGUUUUGAAAGCAGUGCCUGGACAUGAAGUACAACUUUUUUUUUUUUAAUUCAGGAAAGUAAAAACUAGGGGUUGGAAACAACGCAUCAACCAAGGGUGGCAACUGUUAUCAGUCGGCGUAGAAUUUCAUCGCCGUGGUUACUUGC